AUGUGGCCCGAGAGAACACUUGUUCGUCUGGGGAUUUACGGACGCAUGGAGAUGUGUGUGUGCACCCUGAAAAUGCCGUCAGGUUGUAAAAAAGCAGAAAUGAAUGAGAUUAGCAAGGGGAGCGAGAACGACUCCUCCACCCGCCACCACAAUCCUUCUUUCUUGCCGCCUAUAGUAACCAUGGUUGUUGUUGUUGCUGCUGGUGGUGUCACAGCACUUUUUCUUCAGAAAACUAAGCCGACUUCGUUUAUGCCCACGCACCUCUCGAUGGCCUUUUGA